CCAAAAUAUGUGGUGAAAUGAAAUCCAAGAAAGCAACGAUGGGCUGAUGAGUGAGUGAACAAGGGAAAUGGCGUCUCUCUCCCACUGCUUCGUUCCUUUUUAUUCGUCACACUUACCUUCACUGUCUCCUCUUCACAAACCCUUAAACCCUAAACCCCUUAAACCUCACCCAAUUAUCCUCUCUAAAACAACAACGCAUGCCUCUUUCUUCUUUGCGCAGACAAGAGCUACCCUUGACGACAACCCAACACAACAAAAACAACCCAAUCAGGAAGUUGAAGAGUGUGUGAAAGUGCUUAAGUAUGCUGCCAAGACUAGAAAAGUUCCAGCUGAUGAGAUUCUGCAUGCUUUUUCCGUGAUUGAGAAGGCAAAGCUUGAUCCAUCAGGGUUUUUUGAAACUCUUGGAGGAAUCAAGUCACCUGGAAGGACUUGGAUGCUUGUUUUUACAGCAGAGAAAAAGCUAGUGCGUGGUAAAUACUUCCCAAUUACAGCCGUUCAGAGGUUUGAUGCAGCUGGGAAAAGGAUUGAGAACGGGGUUUAUCUUGGGCCUCUUGGGUGUUUGACGUUUGAAGGCAGGCUUUCGUGGAAUAAGAGAAUACUCGCCUUCGUAUUCGAACGUGUCCGGAUAAGAAUCGGUCUUCUUGGGCCAUUUGAGAUCACAUUUAAAGGAAAAGAUGAGAGGGAGCCAGGGAGUAAUGACCCAUUUUUCAUUUGGUUUUAUAUCGAUGAAGAAAUUGCGGUUGCCCGUGGCAGAAGUGGAGGAACUGCUUUCUGGGUCAGAUGUCAACGCAUUGGCUACUAACAUUUUUUUUGCUUUUGUAUCUAUUAUGUGUUUAUUCUUCUGUGGGAAUUUGUACAGAAUUGGCCAAGUUACAUGAAGCAUUAUUAUAAAUUCCACAAAUUAACUAGAUGGCAUGUGCAAUUGCUUGAGCAACUUUUUGGCCUGGUUUAUUUUCUUUUGCUGGGGUGUCAUUUUCUAUGUUUGUCUUUGGGAGUUAUGGACUUGGCACCAAAUAUUUUAGAUUUUCCUGGUUUUAAAGUCUAUUGAUAAAAUAUUUCUUGUGGUGUAUAAUGUGGAUAUAUGGAGAUCCAAACUGGGAAUAAGUUUGAAACUUUACAAUAG